GUUGAUGCUUUCACUUUUAUCGCUAUUUCUUGCAUCAGGCCCCGUUCUAAGAGAUGACACUCAACAUUGGUCACCUAAUACAUAUCCAAAUCCACAAAUUAAUUAUACACUUUGUAAUACUUGGCCAGCAUCAACAUUAUGUGAUCCCGAUCAUAUUCUUACUGAUCAUUGGCGAAUGAUUAUUAAUAAAAAUAUUCAGGAGCAAAUUGAGAAGCUUCGUAAUUCGAGUGAUUUGCUCUAUAACGAUAAUGCGUCUGGAAGAUGUCAUCGGAAUGCGACGAAUGGCAUUACAAUUUAUGUGAUUCUUGCAAAUCGAAUUAUUACAACAUCAAAUAAUUCAAUAGAUACAGACUUGAUAAAUUUUGGUAAUGGUGUGGCGGAUAAAUAUGGCCUUAAUUCUCAAUCAUGUAAAAAUUUCAUAGUUAUUGUUGGUGUCGAAGAAGCCAAAUUGGCUUAUGUGCGGACGGGGUAUGAUUUAAAAUUACCAAAUGAUUUAAUGAAAAUAAUAUUUAAAGAAUAUAGUGAAUUAUUUAAUGCAAAGAAUUAUAUGGAGGGUCUAAAUAAAAUUAUCACUGAAAUUGGUGAACGAAUGAACGAUUUAUCAUUGCAGGUAUUUUUUUCAAAAUUCUCUUAUCUCUUAUCAGCAAUUGAUUUAGAAAAUAGAAAAUACAAUGUAUUUUAUUAA